AUGUUUCUCAACAUCCCAUUGCUUGGCGAUAUCGUAAAAGGUCGUGGAAGAGGAGCUCAUAAGCAACCAUUGGAGGAUUAUGUGGAUCUCUACAUCCUUUGCGUGUUUGCCCUGCUUGUCGGCUCAAAACAGCACUUUGGAAAUCCAAUUGACUGCUUCAUUUCAGCGGAGGUUGAUAAGGUGCGAACAUGGCAGGCGUAUAUCCUUGAUUACUGCUUCAUGCAAGGUACUUACCGUUACGAGCUUGGAUACAAUGCUACCAGCCAUCCUGGUUAUUCGAUGACACCCGGGUUGAAUGGAAGAGAUCCUCAUGAUACGAAAUACAUCGGAGUGAAGUACUAUCAGUGGGUUCCCUUUUUCUUCGCGUUUCAACUCCUCUGCUUUAUGUUGCCAGACUUCUUCUGGGUUUACAUACAAUCAUACCUCUACAUCGAUAUGGCUAUGAUUGUAACUGAAAGUGCAGAGCUGCAGCGUGAGAAGCGUGCCAGUAAUCGUGCUAGUAAGCUAAGCAAUAUCUCCGACUACAUCUUUAGCUAUUUUUACUACAGGAAGAUCGCAAGGCGUGGUGUGAUUUCCUCUGUUUUCCGUCUACCUGCGAUAGCAACGAUAUUCUAUGCUUGCACAAAAUUCUUCUAUCUUUUGAAUGCCGUGAUCCAGCUCUAUCUUACGACAUAUUUCCUUGGAUUCCCUGAUAUGCAUUGGGGCGUUAGGGCAAGUAUGAUGAUUGCUUUCCUAUCAAAAAAGUCCUUCCCUCGUAUGAUUGGUGGUGUACGCAUACCCAAUCACGGAGGAUUGUCGCAUUUUCCUUAUUUUCCUCUCGAAGUUGGCUAUGGAAAACAAUAA